AUGCGUGGAGUCCGGAUGUCGAACUGGCCCGACUUUUCUGGUCCACUACGAUCAGGGCUGUCACCAUGGUCACCACUGGCUGGCGAAGACAUCAUGCAAUAUAAGGUCCGGGAUAGGGAUGUUACAAACCUCACUGUUCUUGAUCUUUCUACCAACAAUCUCACCGGAAAACUGCCUGACACUCUCUGUGACUCUGGCCAACUCACCAAGCUCAUCCUCUUCUCUAACUCUCUCCACGGCGUCAUCCCGCAGAGUUUAGGCAAGUGCCAGAGCUUAGAGCGAGUGAGGCUUCAAAACAAUAACUUAUCAGGCAAGUUACCUCGAGGGUUCAACGAGUUGCAACUAGUUAACUUCUUGGACUUAUCAAACAACAACCUCCGAGGUAACCUGGGAAUAUUCAACAUGCCACAGCUUGAGAUGUUAAAUCUCGGGAAGAACAAAUUCUCUGGUGAAUUACCUGAUCUUUCUAGAAGCAAGAGACUCAAGAAGCUUGAUUUAUCAGGGAACAUAAUAUCUGGACUAGUUCCAGUAGAGCUCAUGACGUUCACGGAACUUAUGAAUUUGGAUAUAAGCUAUAACGAGAUCACUGGAGUGAUCCCAAGUGAAUUGUCUUCUUGCAAGAAACUAGUCAGCCUUGACAUGAGCCACAACAAUCUUACCGGGGAAAUUCCUUCAAGUUUUUCGGAUUUUCCAGUUCUCAGCGAUCUUGACUUGUCUGGCAACCAAUUAUCAGGCGAGAUUCCCAAGAAUCUAGGAAACAUCGAGUCUCUUGUACAAGUCAACAUCUCUCAUAAUCAUCUUCACGGAAGCUUACCUUUAACCGGAGCUUUUCUUGCCAUAAACGCAACAGCGGUCGCCGGUAAUAACAAUCUCUGCGGUGAAAAUAACGUUAGCAUUGUACCUCCUUGCAGCGUGGUAAGAAAGAGAAGUACAAAUAGUUGGUGGUUUGUAGUCAUGCUGACCUUUGUAGCCUUCUUGGCCGUCGUUCUCUCCGGUUUCUUUAUCUCUCUUGUCUUUCAAAUGAAGCACAACGUUUUAGAGGUCAAGAAAGUUGAACAAGAAGAUGGUACAAAGUGGGAAAUUCAGUUCUUCGAUUCAAGAUUCAUCAAAUCGCUUACAGUAAACGCGAUUCUAUCGUCUCUCAAAAAUGAAAACAUUUUUGUUGAUAAAAACGGCGUGAAGUUCGUUAUUAAGAAGGUCAAGAAGUAUGAUUCUCUUCCUAACAUAUCCGAAAUUGUGAAACUUCCGGAGCACAGGAACAUUAUUAAGCUAGUGGUGACGUGCCGGUUGGAAGAAGUGGCAUACUUGAUUCAUGAGAACGUCGAAGGUAAACGACUGAGCCACAUUUUGAAUGGUUUGAGUUGGGAGAGACGAAGACAAAUAAUGACCGGAAUCGCAGAAGCUCUUUGUUUCUUACAUUGCCGGUGUUCUCCAGCACUUGUUGGCUGUGAUUUAUCGCCGGAGAAUAUUGUCGUCGAUGUCAAGGAUGAACCAAGACUCUUCCUCGGUCUUCGGGGUCUAGUUUGCAUGGAUGCUGUCUACAUGGCCCCAGAAACGAGGGAGCACAAGGAGGUAACAAAUAAAAGUGACAUAUAUGGUUUUGGAAUUCUCCUUCUUCAUCUCAUCACCGGUAGACGUCCCUCUGGUGAUGGGGACAUAGAAUCUGGACUCAGAGGAAAUUUGGUCAACUGGGCUAAAGAUUCAUAUUCCAAUUGCCACACUUGGAUCGACUCAUCCAUAGACAUGUCGGUAUAUGAGCAUGAGAUUCUCCAUGUCAUGAACUUAGCUUUGCAUUGUAACGUGGUGGAUCCGCAGGAGAGGCCUUGCACCAAGAACUUGUUAAAAGCACUAGAGCUCACAAGUUCUUCUUGCACUACUUAUUUUCCCAAGAUACUAUAUCAUUGA